AUGGCCCAGCCGUCGACACCCGGAGCCGGGAGCUCGAUCUUUGGUUCCGGAUACAGCGGCCAGGCAAUUGGCGCAAAUUUCCUCACUCCAGGCUCUGCGGCCUCUUCAAAUAACACCUUCCUCAUGCCCAACUCGCCGGUAAAGGGACGCCUGAGCAUGGAAAACUAUAAGCCCAAGAUCACCAGGACUCUGGGCCAGCGACCCGCCUGCUUGGUCAACGCAAGCGUUACAUACUGUGGUAAUAAUCAAAUAUAUGCCUUUGGAGGUUUCGAUCAAUAUACAGACGAAGUCUACAACCAUGUCUUGAGGCUGGAUAUGGUUAGUCACCAGUGGAGCCAUACUGCAACUCUCUUCGAAGGCGACAAGCUGUUGAUAUUCGGAGGAGAGAACGAACACCGCACCUACCUUUCUGAUCUUAUCAUCUUCGACCUCAAGACUGCACACUGGACUCAACCAACUGUCAACGGUCCCAUCCCAAAAGGCCGAGCAAGACAUGCUGCGGUUCUGCAUGAUGACAAGCUAUUUAUCAUUGGUGGGAUCACUGGCCACAAUAACUAUGUUCUCGACGAUAUUUGCUACCUCGACCUCAAGACUUUCACUUGGUCAAGAGCGUGGAAAUUCGUCGGCAGAUUUGACCACUCGGCAUACCUGUGGGGAGAUCGUGUCUGGGUGUUUGGCGGACUGAGUGAGGAUAUGGACAAGGUCGGUGACAUCUGGUGGUUAGAUCUCAAGGGCAGUCCUGCAUUCGAUUCUCCACCACCAUUUGGCUCUCUGGACCGCCACUCAGCCUUGGGCCGGAUAUCUGGUUCUUCUCGUCAAUCAUUUGCGUUAACCCCAACACCAGCUGUUGGAAGUUCGGGAUACGCCGCGAAUUCCAGCAGUGCUCAAGUCAAUCCUCCCUCAUUCCAGCUCACUGCUUCUCCGCCCGUGGCUCCGGGUCCAAUUUCGUCCUUGAAAUUCGUCUCUGGUCCCAACAUCCCAUCUCAAGGUUCGGGAAUGCAUUUCCAUGUCUACACAUCCGGUACCUUGCUUGAUUUUGUAACACCAGCCGCGACUAUUACUCCCCAGGAGUGCUCCUUGUCGUCUCUUGAACUUGAUACUUUGCGAUGGGCAAAAUUGGCUGAGGGUCGUGACAUUUUUCGCCCGGGAUAUCGAUGGCAUUAUUGUACAAUGAACGAAGAUGGAACGAAAGCUUGGCUUCUCGGAUGCCCCACUGACCCUACAGCCACUGAUCUUGGACCAGGCGGAUUCGAGGAGUACUUGAGUGACAUUAUGGAAAUCGACCUUCGAAGAUACGGCAUUAUCGGCAACAACUUAACCCCCGAACCCCGUGCAGAACACUCUCUGAUUGCCGCCUCCCUUGAACGCACCAUAAUCCCACAAUCCAAAGGCCUCGGCGCUGAUCUCGCCAAGCUCUUUAACCAAUCCCCGGAAUCCGGCAGCGGUACCGACUUUACCAUCACGGCCCUCAAAGACGGCGACUGGGAUGACGAAGAUCUCAUGUCCUCCAGCAUGAUGCGCGACUCCCCAUCAGACCAACAAACUUGGCUCGACCCGAAUGCAACUACCUCGCCCCCUAUCCACGUGCAUAAGCUCAUCCUGCAAGCCCGCUGGCCGCACUUUGCACGCCUCUACAACGCCCAGAUGGCUGAGUUCCACACAAAGAAAAUGCAUAUCCCGGAGCCCUACACUGUCGUCAAGGCUUUCUUGUAUUACCUGUACACCGACAGCAUUCAACCUGAAGAUUGUGGUGAGCUGUCUGAUGUCGCGGGAUUGUUGGUGAUGUCGAAUAUUUAUAACAUUCCCCAUUUGAGACUGCUGUGCGUAAAUCGUCUGAGUAAAGAGCUGGACGUCGAUCACGCCUGUGUCAUCUGGCAUUGCGCCGGCAUAGCGAAUGAAGAAUGGUUGCGUAAGCGCACGGCGAAUUUCUGCCUCAUGCACUGGGGCCGUGUGGUCCGGACUCGGGGAUUCCUCAAACUUCCACGCUCAGCUCUGGUUGAGUUGUCCCAGGAGAUUGAUACGGAAGGCCGUGUGGUUGGAGGUGACGAGCUGGAGGCUGUGGGUGGUCUUGGUGGGGGUAGGUUCGGUGUAGGUGGUGUAGCGCGGAAGAUGAGUGUUGGCAGUAACCAGACGAGGGAGAUGGGGAGCGACGGUGACGAGAAUGAGGAGAUGGAGAUGUCGUAA